GGAAAGCGCCGGCAGCCGCCACGGACACCAUGUAGUAGGGCUGGCCACGACGCCCAGGGAGCUGCGAUGGUUUUGCACAUGAGCCCCUUUCCUAACAGCUGUCUGUCCACCCUGCACGCCGUGUCCUGGGCCCUCAUCUUCCCGUGCUACUGGCUGCUGGACCGGCUGCUGGCCUCCUUCAUACCCACCACCUACGAGAAGCGCCAGUGGGCGCACGACCCGUGCUACCUCCAGCUGCUCUGCACCGCCCUCUUCACCCCGGUCUACCUGGCGCUCCUCGUCGCCUCGCUGCCCUUUGCGUUUCUUGGGUUCCUUCUCUGGUCCCCCCUGCAGUCUGCCCGCCGGCCCUACGUCUACUCGCGGCUGGAGGACAAGGCUGGGGGUGCAGCCCUGCUUGCCGAAUGGAAGGGAACAGGAACCGGCAGAAGCUUCUGCUUUGCCACCGCCAACCUCUGCCUCCUGCCCGACUCCCUCGCGCGGCUCAACAACGUCUUUAACACCCAAGCCCGGGCCAGGGAGAUCGGACAGAGAAUCCGCAACGGGGCCAGCCGGCCCCAGAUCAAAAUCUACAUCGAUUCUCCCACCAACACGUCCAUCAGCGCGGCCAGCUUCAGCAGCCUGGUGUCUCCGCAGGGCGGCGACGGCACGGCCCGGGCUGUCCCCGGGAGCAUCCGCAGAACGGCCUCCGUGGAGUACAAGGGCGACGAGGCUGCCAACGGCCCAGCCCCCGGAGACCCGGCCGACAGCGGCAGCCUGGAGGACGCCUGCAUCGUGCGCAUCGGGGGCGAGGAGGGGGCCCGGCCGCCCGAGGCCGACGAAAGCCAGGCCAGGAGAGGGGCCGGCGGGGGCCAGAGGGGCCAGACCCCCAACCACAGCCAGCGGGACGGGGAUUCGGGGAGCCUGGGCAGCCCCUCGGCCUCCAGGGAGUCCCUGGUGAAGCCGCGAGCCGGGGCGGACGGCGGCGGUGGGGACCCGGGCGCCACCAACAGCAAGCUCCUGCACAAGGCCUCGGUGGCGAAGAAGGCGGCUGCGCGCAGGAGGCGGCACCCGGACGAGGCCUUCGACCACGAGAUCUCGGCCUUCUUCCCCGCCAACCUGGACUUCCUCUGCCUGCAGGAGGUGUUUGACAAGAGGGCGGCAGCCAAGUUGAAAGACCAGCUGCAUGGCUACUUCGAGUACAUCCUGCACGAUGUCGGGGUCUACGGCUGCCGCGGCUGCUGCAGCUUCAAGUGUCUCAACAGCGGCCUCUUCUUCGCCAGCCGCUACCCCAUCAUGGACGUGGCCUAUCACUGUUACCCCAACGGGCACGGCUUCGACGCCCUGGCCUCGAAGGGAGCGCUGUUCCUCAAGGUGCAGGUGGGAAGCACACCUCAGGACCAAAGAAUUGUCGGGUACAUCUCCUGCACACACCUGCACGCCCCGCCAGAAGACAGCGCCAUCCGGUGUGAGCAGCUGGACCUGCUUCAGGACUGGCUGGCUGACUUCCGAAAAUCUACCUCCUCGUCCAGCACGGCCAACCCCGAGGAGCUGGUGGCGUUUGAAGUCAUCUGCGGAGACCUGAACUUUGACAACUGCUCCUCUGAUGACAAGCUGGAGCAGCAGCACUCCCUGUUUACACGCCUCAAGGACCCCUGCCGCCUUGGCCCUGGGGAGGAGAAGUCUUGGGCCAUUGGUACCCUGCUGGACACGGAUGGCCUCUACGACGAGGAUGUGUGCACCCCUGACAACCUGCAAAAGGUCUUGGAGAGCGAGGAAGGCCGCAGGGAGUACCUGGCGUUCCCCACCAGCAAGAGCUCCGGGGCAGGCCAGAAGGGGCGGAAGGACCUGCUGAAGGGCAACGGCAGGCGCAUUGACUACAUGCUGUUCUCCGAGGAGGGGCUGUGCCCGGACUGGAAAGUCGAGGUAGAAGAAUUCAGUUUUAUCACCCAGCUGUCGGGCCUGACCGACCACCUCCCAGUGGCCAUGAGGCUGAUGGUGUCUGCUGCAGAGGAGGAGGCCUAGACCAGCCAAGUCACCUGGCAGUCUGAGGAGUGGGGCCUUUGCCAGCCUUUGAGCCCCCACCGCUUCCUGGGCAACCCCUCCAGUGGGCUCCCCGUGCUGGGGGGAGAGCCAGGGAGAGGGGACUGGUCAGUCCCCAGUAAGCCCAGAAGCAGUGCUGCCUGCACCACUGGGCACCCACUGUGGACAGGAGAGUCAGGCUGGGCCUGAGGCCCCAGCUGCCUAACCAGUGCCAUUCUUUCAAAACGCAGUUUUCUACAGAUCUACAGCACAACCUAGUUUGUAACCCGUGGGAUAGUAUGAGACCCGGUUUAUGUACCCUUUGUAUAUCUCUUUUCAAGCUUCCUCCAAGGUCCCCUCUUUUGUCUGCUGCCAGUGUUGUCUCGCAUGCCUGCACCCUCGCACGCACGCUGCCCGCAUGCCACCCACCGCCAUAGCCCACAGACCCCUUGCUCGGGCCUCACCCAAGGCCAAACUCCAAACACAAUCAGAACCAGCCAAAGAAGCACUUCCUGGGCACGGUCCGCCGCGCUCCGCCUCCAGCCCGGGGCGGCUCACACGCAGGGACCAGGGACCGCGAGGGCUGUGUCCAGUUACCAGCAAGCCCGGGACUCUUCCCAGGGUCUUGCAUUCAAGGGCAAUUACUUUUAAAAAGGAAAAAAAAACAAAAACAAAAACAACAAAAAAACAAAACACAAAACCCUUCCCUUUAAAGGGUCUGCAAGUCUCUACGUAGAAUUUUGCUCUCCCUGAGACGUGAUCCCUUCCCCAGCCCAGGCACCCCAGGUCCUGCCCAGUCUGGCCAGCCCCAAGGCUCCUCUGGAGACACAGCCCUGAGGAGUGGAGCCAUAAACCAGAACUCUGAGAGCGCACCCACCUUUUUUAUAGGCAGAAGGGGAACUCACAGCAUAUGGGGGGAGGCGGGAUUCUGAUUUUGAAAAUGAUACAGAUUUGUAGCUUCUUCUCUUCUGUCAGAACCAACACAUCCUCCUCUUUCUGCCUGAUCCUCCAUAGCACUCCCUCCAGACACCUCUGGUUCGGGACCAAGCCUUCCUUGGGGAUUUUCCUCCUCCACGUGCUGGCUGAGCUCAGGAACCGCCCAUCUGCCCCUGGUGUGUAUGUGGGGGGAGGUGGGGGGCUGCAGCUUGGCCCCCCCAGACCCAGCCCCCUCACCAGCACCCCCCACCUCAUGCUGGGAGGUGCAGAGGGCCCUGUCUCACUGCCCAGUGGGCAGGCAAGGGACAGCAAGGCCACACCACUGCUUGUCAGAGCAGGGAGCUGUACUGGCUGGUGUCCAGAAGCACACAACCCUCUGUCCCCAGCCAACCCGGCCAGCCCUGGGCACCCAGGCAUGGCUGUAACAGACCUUGCCAACAGCCAGUGGCCCUGCACCUGCAGCUCCCUGCCCCACUUCAGCACUGCCUCCGCCCACCUGCCUUUUAAAACAGACAAUGGGCGCUCUCCCUGGAGUCACACAAGGAAGGUUUUCCGUUUCAAGGUGCAACGUUCCUCCCACUGGGGGACUAUUUUUGACACCCCCACUGGUCGCCCCUUCACGCAGCGCCCUAACCUUGGCUCCAGCGAGGCUGGGGAGGGAGCACCAGAACCCGCUGGUGGAAGCUUCCUGGUGCUGGAGCGCCGAUGCCGUGCCUUGUCACCUACUGAGUCGCCAGAGGGAUCAAGGGGCACCAAGCAGCCAGCCAGAUGCCAGGCACUGUGCCAGGGGAGGACAAUGCCAGAGCCUGGGGAGCUCGGGGCCGUGGAGCUGCGACUGCCUCCACAGUGAGCUUGACUAUCUAGACCCCGGGCCUGGGGAGCAGCGGGGCUGAGGGCUUUGUGGCCUGGGAGACUCCCCUUCCCCAGGACCCCAGGAGGGGCUGGCUCUCUGCUGAGGGCUGCCCUGGAGCCCUCCUCUAAGGGCCCAGCCUUCUAGGGCCUUGGCCAAGCCUCGUGGAGUCAGGAGCAGCCGGAAAUCUACUCACACAGGCAACGCUCAAUUGGGCAGGCUUAGCCCUAGACCUCCGGGCCAGAGCCAGGCAGAGGCAGCUGGGGCUCCAGAACCAGAAAAGCCAGCGCAGUUUAGCUUCUCUCCUGGCAGAGAAGGCAGCCUGCUGUGGGCCACCUGCUCCCUCCUCCUCACUCACAGGGCGGCCUUAGGCGACCACGAGUGAGUCUCACCUCCCUGCACCUCGGUCUGUGUCCUGCCUCCUAGCUCCUCGCGCAGCCCCACAGCGCUACCGGCCACGGAGGUCAGGAGCACCCAGGCUCGAGCUUCAUCAUGCCUACAGCUCCCAGGGCUUGUGGACAAGCCAGAGGUUUGCAUUUUGACUUCUCAAAAAGAGAGAAAAGAAACAUUUCCAUGGUCUCAGAUUCUGUGAUAUCGAGGCCUGGGACGAGGUGGACACAGGGAGACACCCUUAACCCCGAGCCCAGGCGCAGUGCCUGCCCCGGGCCGGCUCCUCAGGGGCAGCCACGAGGCGGCGGGGUCGGCUUAGGAAGGAAGCGCCCACGUUCAUCUGUCCAAAACCACCACGAGUAUGAAGUGUGACUAUCAACCUUGAUGCUUUUUAACUAUUGUAUUAACUUGCUGAGAUUUAGAAAUACUGUUUUAAAAAAGAAAAAAAAAACACUUUUUUAAUUUCCUUAUUUUUUUCUGUAUUGUAUCCUUAUGGGAUCUAAGGGUUUUUAUAUGGUAAGCACACCUAAGGUUUUGGUAAAAACAUUAUCAAAUAUAUACCCAGACGAUUCUUCCCUAGAAGAAAAACAAUCUUCACACCUGAUAAAAUAUUUUGAAAAGAGGAGUGUUUUCUUCCUUUAUUGGUGCUGAAAGGAAGGAUGGAUAAUGAGGAGAAAAUAAAACUGUAAGGUUCAA